AGAAUCUUGUAUUUUAUUGAAAAUCGUACUAGAUGGUGAUGGUGGAUUUAGGUACGCGCAUUUACAAAAGCAUCGGAAGCUUCGUAUUUUAAUCCACUGGGACAACGAUCACGACGUGCUUAGCAGCUGCGAAGAUUUCAGAAUCAAGAACGAGGAUAUUCUUCUCGAUCCUGGACAAAAGUUCGAGGGGAACGAGAAAGUCUGCGAGCUUUGUCAAGAAAAAUUCCACUUCGUAACCAGAUUAGUAGCUCAUCUGAGGAUCGUUCACGGUAUCCAUAGACCCUUCAAAUGUGUCACGUGUGGGAAGACAUAUCCGCAGCAGUUUAUGCUAAACGCCCAUGUGAAAAAAUCUCACACUCCUAAAACGAUCCCCUGCACUGAAUGCAGUUUCAUGGGGGUGAAUGCGACUGAUGUGGAAAGACAUACGAAACGACACCAUCGAGAAAUGAAGUUCACCUGUGAGAUCUGUAGCGAGAACUUCGUAGACAAGGAUUCCUUGAUGACACACACAGCUAUGCAUAACUUUAUGCAGUUUCAACAAUGUAACGCUUGUGGUACUACGUUCAACGACGCGUACAGCCUAAAGGAGCAUAACCGUUUGUACCACUACGAUCCAACAACGUUGAUUCAAGAGAAGCUCGAAGCUGACAGUCCGCAGAACACCACGGAGCACAAAUGCGACGUCUGUGGGAAGGUUUACAAGUACAAAUCGGUCUUGAAACAACACAAAGUGAAAGCUCACGGUGACAUGCCAAAUUACGAAAGACGUCGAUAUUUAUGCGCUCUUUGCGGGAAAGAAUUAAAAACCGCAAAAGGUCUCGAAAUUCACAAUCGAUCGCACACCGGCGAAAAGCCUUAUACCUGCGAGGUGUGUGGCAAGUGUUUCGCCUGUGAAACAUUGCUCAGGACUCAUAAUGUCACACACACUGGCGAGAGAAAGUAUUCUUGCGACCAGUGUGGCAAAGCUUUCACGCAGAGAUCCACGUUGGUCGUGCAUAAACGUUAUCAUACCGGUGAACGACCGUAUGUUUGUCCUCGAUGUGGAAAAGGUUUCGUCACCAGGACUGUCCUGAACACUCACAUGAAGUCCUGUCGUUGAGGCCGACCAGACGAUUGUUCGAUAUGUGAGAAACAUGUUUGAGACAGAAUAGGGGCUUCCGGUUUUGUUGGAAAGAAUCCGGUGCUCAAGGUAAGACUGGGACUAUUUCUACAACUUUUAUAAGGCGAAAGUGUCAUUCUAAUUA